AAUCUGGAUCAUUUCUUCUCUGCUCCUCUAAAGCUUCAUCAACCAUGGCAAGUUUGCUGAGCCCCUCGAUGCCUGUGUUGGCUGCUGUGGCCUUGACACUGACCCUGGCUGUGAUCCCUGAAGCCAGUACUAAUGCUGAAGCCAAGCAGGUGGUAUUAGGUGGAGUGGAGCCAGCUGACCCUAAGGAUAAGGAGGUGCAGAAAGUGGUAAAGUUUGCUGUUAGAACCUACAAUGAUAUGGACAAUGACCUGUAUCUUAGCAAGCCAAUACGACUGAUGAGCGCCAGCCAGCAGGUUGUGGCUGGGAAGAACUACUACUUGAAAAUUGAGCUAGGCCGAACCACAUGUACCAAAACUGAGUCUAAUUUGGUUGAUUGUCCCUUCAAUGAACAGCCAGAUCAGCAGAAGAGGGUCAUCUGUAAUUUCCAGAUCAACGUUGCACCUUGGCUGAACAAGAUGUCCAUGACAAACUUCAACUGUUACAAUUUCUGAGGAUAUAUGUCAGGCUACACUUCUGCUGAUUGUCUCUUACUUUUACUCAAUCUUAUCCUUAAGUUCUCCUUUCCUCAGACAGAGAUCUUAGUCCCAAAGGUUGUCUCUUGAGAAUGAUAGCACCAAGAGAAAAGUAGAGAUAGGCCCUGCACACCUAAGUGACAGUUCCCUUGUUCCUUUCAUCUACUUGUUUUUCAAAGGCCCACUGUUCAUUAUUUGCUCAAUAAAAAAAUAGCCAUAGGUC